AAAUGUCCAUCUCCGACCCUAACGCGCCUGCUGAAGUGCGUUGUGGUUCCGCCCAGUUUCGUUCAUCUCGAUGCUACACGUAUGAUAUCGACUGCUGAAUGUUCCACCAAAGGCCUAACAUUUCCUUCCAUGCAUGAUUGUUAUUUGACAUGCGCUAGCAGCAUCAACAAUAUGUAUCAGAGCAUCCAGGCCACCUUCAUUCCUCGAGAAAUUGGCUACAGAGACCCGAUAAACAUCCCAAAAUGUUCCUCUCGCAUCGUUCCGCAGCAGUCACUAAAGAACCACCAAGCUGCAGGUGUAGGUAUCAUCACUUUGUGUGAAAAGGCAGCUGCACUCCAUGAAGGCGGGUUCGCAUGUUUUGACAGAAUCACUGACUUUUCAGAUGUAGAAGUGGGCUUAUCGCUCAUAUUUUUCAGAAACAGAGGUGCAGCAUUGUCAAGUUAUGUCUUUCAGAAAUUGUCUACAGAGUUCUGGACCCGAUAUGCAUUCAACAAUUCUUUCGCAUUGCUUCGCAGCAGCCAGCUGCUGACCAACCUCCAAGCUGCAGCCCUACAUAUUGCAACUGCGUUCCAUGAGCCCAUCUAUCGCCCAGACUUCCCAGGAAAGGGAGGCUGAGAAUGUGAAACCUAUACUAAGGAAACGCAGACAGCCUGUCAGGAACUGUCCAUCUUGAAAGGCAGAAUGACGUGGAGCAUGAGGAAGGAGAUGAAAACACCACGUGCGAGGACAACACUGAUUCACUUCCGGUGGACAAAUUCAUUGAUUUCAGUACUAUUCUUCACACCCUUGCCAAAGAAGGGUGAUUGUGAUUCGAAGAUGAAUGGUAUUCAAUAAAUCGCCCCGUUUUUGUCUUCCUGUGCAUAUUGAUCAAGGGAUGUGACUGGGCAGCCGAGUGUAGAAUCUCGUCAGUGACAGUGUCUAGUUUAACCAUCGAACAACCUUCCCCCGGUUGACAUUUAUAUGUUGAUCUCCCAGAUAUUUCCAUCUUAUGCCCGUUGUUCCUCAUGCCUGACAUGC